AUUCAUCACAAAUAGCAGCAAUCAUUAUGUCCUUCAGUAUUCUACGAACCUCCAUCGUCCGCACCCGUCCUCUCCUCCGCACCUCCGCCUUGACAAGAGCAUACAAAAUCCAAGCUCACCCGGAGGCAUACAGCUCCAAAAACCAAGAAUUCUUCAUUGCCGCCUCCUUCCCAGAUGACUUCGAAUCCCCCACGUUGUCGGAAAAGCGCGGCGUCGCCACCCCCUCGUGGGAUGAGCUCCAUGCUACCCUGAGUGAAGCGGCGGUGAAAGCCGACCGCGGUGAAGUGAAGAUGCAACAGCUUACUUCACGAGAGGAGUUGGAGAGAAUGUUGCAGCCGGACAAGAUGGACCCGAAGAUCGAUGAGAUGUGAUCUGAUCUGCAUCUCGCAGCUUGGGUACAUUGUUAUGGAAAGGGGAGGAGUGCUGUUGGUCACGACGGCAUGGCCUUUGAGGGAGAUUGUCAUGAUCAGAUGUAUUUGCUUGUUCUUUGACGGUCGCUAUGUUUACUAGUUGAAUUAGUAUAAAAUCAUAAUACAUAUGUGUUUCUUUUGAUCAGACGAAGCUUUAU